AUGUUACGCACUCUUUCUAUAUUUGCAAUAUUUGACUGUUUCUUUUCUUUUUUUUUUAAGAGCCGGCGUAUCUAUGUUCUAUCAUUUCCUAGAGUUUUUUCUUUUUCUUUCUAUAACCCUCACUCACCUUUUCCGAAUCUCUCUCUCUCUCUCUUUCUUUUCUUCUCUUUCUUUCUUUCUCUGCUCUUUUUUAUGCAGAUAUUAAUCUUUCUCGUCAUGGUUUUUUUCUCAAAUACAUUUUCUUUCUUUGUUCCCUUUUCUUCUCAAGUAAAUCUUUCUUUCUUUCUUUCUUUUUUAUUUGCUUUUUUCGUUUUUUUUUCAAAGAUUCAUUUCUUCCUGUCCAUGCCUUUUUUCUUUACAAAUACAUUUUUAUUUAUUUAUUUGCACUUUUUCUUUUCUUUUUGUCUUUUUCCUCAAAUUUUAAUUCUCGCCUAUUUUUUUUAUUUCCUUUCUUCUAAAAUAUAUUUUCUUUUUCUCUUUAUCUAUCUUUCUUUUUUCUCAAAUACAUAUUUCUUUUUUCUUUCGUUCUUUCUCUUUCUUUCUUUCUUUCUUUGUUCGCUUUUCUUCUCAAGUACAUCUUUCUUUCUUUUUCUUUCUUUCUUUUUUUCAAAAAUUCAUUUUCUUCCUAUCUAUGCUUCUUUCUUUCCAAAUACAUUUUUUCUUUCUUUCUUUCUUUACAAUGUUUCUUUGUUUUUUGUCUUUUUCCUCAAAUAUUAA